CCCUCCAGUCGCUUCACCGACCCCUCUCCGCUUGCCAGGCGGCCUCUCAGAACUUCUGUCCCGGUGUCGGAGGCAGCCGCGCCCCGCCGCUCUCUCCUGGAGGAACAGAACAGAGGGAAGAGAAGAGUAGGAAUGGAGGGGUGAAGGAGGGUCAGAGAGAGGAGGGAAGUUACAGGAAAACUUCGGGACUCCUCUCUUUUAAUGUGUUUGUGAAGUUUUGUGGAGUCUCGGGUUCUGAGGCGUCCAUCUUGGAAAGUUUCUGCUCCAGCAGGAGGAUUUUCUGAUUUCUACGCCACACGGAUCAAUAACUGAGGACCGAGUCCGGUUUGGAUUUUUACUUCUUUGUUUUACUUUUUGGGCUUCAAUGAGGCGCGCGCGGCCAGCUGAGAGCCAGCCCAGCUGACGGUCAGUGAUCGGUGAUCGAUAGGUCUGAUCGGCUGUGGAGUGUCGCGCCGAGUGAGCGUGGCGCGGGUCUGACCGGGUCUGGACUUUAUCGCACAGGCUGGGAUGGAGGGUCGGAGGGGACUGCGGGCCCCCGCGGCCCCGGGACGGGCCUCCUCCUGCGGGCUGCUGCUGCUCCUCCUCCCGCUGCUCCUGCUCAGCUGCUGCGGGGCCGAGGAAGAGGUGUUGAUGAACACCAAGUUGGAGACGUCGGACCUCCGGUGGACGAACCAUCCUGCUGAUGACCCCGAGUGGGAGGAGGUGAGCGGAUUGGACGAUGAGUCUAACAGCGUACGGACCUAUCAGAUCUGCACGCCCAACAGUCCAUCUUCCUAUUGGCUGAGGACUCGCUGGAUCCCUCGGAGGGCGGCGACCAUCCUCUACGUCGAGAUCCGCUUCACCAUGAUGGAGUGCUCUGGUCUGAACCAGCGUCACUGUAAAGAAACCUUCAACUUGUAUUACUACCAGUCUGACAGUGACGAGGCCACGCCCACUCACCCAGCGUGGAUGGAGAACCCGUACACCAAAGUUGCCACUGUCGCAGCCGACCACCUGCUGCGGCGCGGCGGGGAGCGGCGCUCUAACAUCAAGCUGCUGCGCCUGGAGCCUCUGCGGGGGGCGGGGCUCUACCUGGCCUUCCAAAGCCAGGGCGCCUGCAUGGCGCUGCUGUCUGUACGCGUCUUCUACAGGAAGUGCCCGCCCCUCAGCCGCGCCUUUGCCUCCUUCCCUGAAACCAUCCCCCAUUCGCUGGUGGAGCAGGCUCAGGGUGUGUGUGUGGAGAAUGCCGUGACGCCGCCCGGGGAGCAGUCACAACCUCCCAGCAUGCUUUGCGGCGAGGACGGGCAGUGGGUGGGCCAGCCGACGUCCAGCUGCGCCUGUCGCCCUGGAUACGAGGCGGGCGAGACCGACGUACGGUGUCGAGCCUGUCCAUCGGGUCAGUUUAAGGCGGGAUCAGGACCUGGUGGGUGUAGCCCAUGUCCAGCCAAUAGCAACACGAAGAUCCCAGGCUCCGCCUACUGCCCGUGUCACUCCGGUUACCAUCGAGCGGACUCCGACCCUGCGCACGCCGCCUGCACCCGCCCCCCCUCUGCUCCCCGCUCCAUCGUGAGUCAGAUCAACGACACCACGGUGACUCUGGAGUGGAGCGAGCCGCUGGACCGAGGAGGACGAGGAGACCUGACCUACAGAGUCCUCUGCUCCAGCUGCGGCACCGCCACCAAGGGAUUGGCUGGCUCCUGCUCGGCGUGUGAUGACAGCGUCCUGUACCGCCCGGCGCAGCGCGGCCUGACUCAGCGGCGAGUCGUCAUCUGGGGACUCCGCCCACACAGCAAGUACACCUUCACCGUCCAAUCACUGAACGGCGUCUCUGCUCUCAGCCAAUCAGAGCCGGCCUCCGACAGAGUCAACGUCACCACCAGCAGAGACGUCCCGCCCCCAGUGUCCGGGCUGAGGAGGGCAGCAGUCUCAGAGACCAGUCUCACUCUAGACUGGAACAUUCCGGUUCUGCAGAACCAGUACCAGAUCCUGGACUACCAGGUCCGCUACAGCCCAAAGGACGGCGAGGAGGCGGGGCAGUGGCAGUACGUGUCCUCCAGGUCUUCUUCGGUGGUGCUGACGGGGCUGCAAAGGGCGCUGCUGUACCAGGUGCAAGUACGCGCUCGCUCUCAGGCCGGGUACGGGUCGUUCAGCGCCGCCAGCGUCUUCAACACGCAGCCCGACGGUGCCAGUCACUCUCAGCUGGUGGUGACGGCUGUUCUGGUCUCCAUGGGGAUUCUGCUGCUCAUCGCCACGGUGAUAGUCGCUGUAUUCUGUUACCGCAGGAGGAGGAGGAGGGGGCGGGGCUCAGAGAUGAAUGACAAGAGUGGACACUACCCAAUGGGACAGACGAUGAAGGUGUACAUCGACCCGUUCACCUACGAGGAUCCUAACGAGGCAGUGAGGGAGUUUGCCAAGGAAAUCGACGCCUCCUUCGUGAAGAUAGAGGAAGUGAUCGGAGCAGGUGAGUUUGGCGAGGUGUGUCGCGGGCGCUUGAGGAUCCCGGGCAGGAAGGAGAACUACGUGGCGAUCAAGACGCUGAAGGGCGGCUACACGGAGAAGCAGAGGCGGGACUUCCUGUCGGAGGCGUCCAUCAUGGGUCAGUUCCAGCACCCCAACAUCAUCCACCUGGAAGGUGUCAUCACCACUUCCUGUCCCGUCAUGAUCCUCACCGAGUUCAUGGAGAACGGAGCGCUGGACAGUUUCCUGAGGGUGAAUGAUGGACAGUUCACCACCAUCCAGCUGGUGGGGAUGUUGCGUGGGAUCGCAGCAGGGAUGAAGUAUCUGUCCGACAUGAGCUUCGUCCACAGAGACCUGGCAGCUCGCAACAUCCUGGUCAACUCCAACCUGGUCUGUAAGGUGUCAGACUUCGGACUCAGCAGGUUCCUGACGGAGAACUCGUCUGACCCGACGUACACCAGCUCUCUGGGAGGGAAGAUUCCCAUUCGCUGGACGGCUCCUGAAGCCAUCGCCUACAGGAAGUUCACGUCGGCCAGUGAUGCGUGGAGUUACGGCAUCGUCAUGUGGGAAGUGAUGUCAUACGGCGAACGACCAUACUGGGACAUGAGCAACCAGGACGUGAUCAACGCCAUCGAGCAGGACUACCGGCUGCCCCCGCCGCCGGAGUGCCCUGCCUCCCUGCACGCGCUCAUGCUGGACUGCUGGCAGAAGGAGCGAGCCAACCGGCCGAGGUUCUGCGACGUGGUGGCGGCGCUCGAUAGGCUGAUCCGAAACCCCGCCUCCCUGAAGGUGACGCACCUGGAAGGAUCGAGCCCGUCUCUCUCUCAUGAAGCCUGUCUGUGUGUCAGUUCGUCCCAGCCUCUGUUGGACCAGCGUGCCCCGCCCCCCCUGUCGGCGUGUGGUUCGGUGUCUGAGUGGCUGCGAGCCGUGAAGAUGGAGCGGUACGAGCAGAGCUUCCUGCAGGCCGGCUUCACCAGCCUGGACAUCGUGUCUCAGCUCAACACCGAAGACCUGCUCAGAGUGGGCGUGACCCUCGCCGGCCACCAGAAGAAAAUUCUCUCCUCCAUCCAAACGCUCAGGAUACACAAAACCCCUCCCACCCUGCUCUACUGACCAAUCACAGACCUGCCACAUGGUCCAAAAGAGCCCCGCCCACUCUUUGUAAUGACCACUAACUCCGCCUCCUGAUGGUUGGACCAAUGAGAGGACAUGAGUUGUUAAAGAAGCACAAAGAACUUCCUGAAAACACUAACAUUAGACUUACUGCUCUUUGAUCCUCAGGAGAUCCGCAGGAAGACUUGACUGGUCACCACUCAGGAUGAACGUAGCCCCGCCCUGCCGAACCAGUCUGGCCAAUCCACUUCUCAGGAAACCAAAGCUCCUCCUACCUUGACCUGAUUGGUUGUUUUAUAAUCCCGCCUCAAACCCUGGGCUGACAGUAGUCACUGGCCAAUCAGCAUCCAAGGACACAGGAGGACAUGUAGAGAUUUACUUCAACAGAUGCUUCUUAUUGGACAGAGUUCUGCCCCCCCCCCUCUGCUGUUAUCAUUAAGCCCCGCCCACUACCUUAAAGCACAGCUGGGAUUGGUUCACAGCUCUCUCAGACACUACACACUAGGGAGGACGACUGGUAAACUAGAUCUCCACAGACAACUGGGAUGUUCCCCUGCCGUGACGUUGACAAACUCAUUAACUGCAAGAACAGGAAGUGAUCAGAUUAAUGUUUGAAAUACAGAACAAGAUGGCCGCCUCUGAACCUCUGAAUGGAUCAGCUGACGGUCAGAGCUGAAGCUGCCACUAUGACUGCCCAGAGCGAGAGAAGAAGAAGAGGGAUGCUCGAGGUGAACUGGAUCUGGAUUUGAUGGCCUCAGAAAAUCUUUGAGGUUCCACGUCACUGAUUCUUCAGGUGCUGAACCUCCCUGGAAGAGCGGGAGACUUUCAGGGAAUACUGACAGGUGUCUUGAGAGGACAGCGACUUUUUUAAACUGCGGUCCAGCAGCUACAAGCGGUCAUGAGUCCACUCAUCGUACAUUUCAAAUAGUCAGUGAUGAGAUACUGAAGCUGUUUUCAAGCCGUAGGUGCUGCUGCCUCCGACAUCCAGCCUUUAAAACCAAACACUAACUGUGCAGACUGGACUCCACUGAUCCGGGACAUGGAAGGACAAGAAGCAGAUGAUGUCCAGACAGUUUCAGGUCUGAUGUCCACAUUAGAAAUAUUGAACUAUUGAAUCGUACAACUGUUGAUUCAUUUUGUAUUUUAGCACUUUUUGUACCGAUCAUGUUUUUAAGCAGCUGAUCAAUGUUUUUAUACUAAACGUACAUUUCAGAAAAAUCUCUUAUUUUCAUUUUGUAAAGAAAGAAAAACACAAACAUGUUCAGGACCAAAGAUCACGUGUGAAGUCAGUCCGUCUGACAGUGUGACUCACCAGCUGGAUCACAGCAGGAAAAAGUGUUUAACCUUGUUUCAGGCGACAGGCUUCA